GCCCGGAGCCCAGCGGGCGCGAGUGCAGGACGGACGCCGCGGAGCCCAGAGCCGAAGCCGGAGCCCCACGGCGCAGCAGCUCAAGGUGCUUUCGGGCGAUGAUGACAGAGCUGAGUAAUUCCAGCCGAGACCUUGGGGGAUGCAAAGCCGAAAACAUUUGCUACCAGGCUCUCUCCUGGGAAAGUUGGCCAGCUCCUGCUAUAUGCUCCUGUUCACCAGUGGUCCUAAGAGGCAGAUGCGGCUCCCCUUAACCCCUGGCUCUUGGGUGGGAACGUCCACCAGCUAUGGAGAAGGAUGCGGCCACACCUCAACCUGAUCCCUCCUGCAUAAAACCAAAGCCACCUCCAGAUUCAGGCUCCAGUGCCUCCACCUCUAUGCAGAACCUGGAGAGUAGAGACCUGCUCCAGUCCCUGGAGGAAGCUGGGUCUGCAGGCAGUGAUUUGAGGACUGGAAUUUGAACCAGAAACUUUCUCCUUUUGCUCUUCUUCGUCCAUACUCAUGCCCAAUACCUCCCAGGAGACUGCUUUAUUUAUUUCUAGAAUAACAGUAUUGCGGUAGUCAUUGUCACCUCCCCACGUCUGGACAUUUUCUUUGGGCUCCGUUGCGAGCCUAGAGCCCAGCGGUUGAUGUAAUUGACACACUGGGAAGCUGGGCGAGAAGUGGCCAGGGGCCGUGGGCGGAGGAAGGAGCCGGAGGGUCCCAGGAUGGUACCUAACGGCACAGCCUCCUCCUUUUGUCUGGACUCUCCCCCGUGCAGGAUCACUGUCAGCGUGGUCCUCACCAUCCUCAUCCUCAUCACCAUUGCCGGCAACGUGGUGGUCUGCCUGGCUGUGGGCCUGACCCGCCGGCUCCGCAGUCUGACCAACUGCUUCAUUGUGUCUUUGGCUAUCACCGAUCUGCUCCUCGGCCUCCUGGUGCUGCCCUUCUCGGCCUUCUACCAGCUCUCCUGCCAGUGGAGCUUCGGCAAGGUCUUCUGCAAUAUCUACACCAGCUUGGACGUGAUGCUCUGCACGGCCUCCAUCCUCAACCUCUUCAUGAUCAGCCUCGACCGGUACUGCGCAGUCACGGACCCCCUGCGCUACCCUGUGCUGGUCACCCCUGUCCGGGUUGCUGUCUCUCUUGUCUUAAUUUGGGUCAUCUCCAUCACCCUGUCCUUCCUGUCCAUCCAUCUGGGGUGGAACAGCGAGAAUAAGAACAGCAGUUUCAAUCACACCAUCCCCAAGUGCAAAGUGCAGGUCAACUUGGUGUACGGCUUGGUGGAUGGGCUGGUCACCUUCUACCUGCCGCUGCUGGUCAUGUGCGUCACCUACUACCGCAUCUUCAAGAUUGCCCGGGAUCAGGCCAAGCGGAUCCAUCACAUGGGCUCCUGGAAGGUGGCCACCGUCGGGGAGCACAAAGCCACAGUGACACUGGCUGCCGUGAUGGGAGCCUUCAUCAUCUGCUGGUUCCCCUACUUUACCGUGUUUGUUUACCGGGGGCUGAUAGGGGAUGAUGCCAUCAACGAGGCCAUUGAAGCCGUUGUUCUGUGGCUGGGCUAUGCCAACUCGGCGCUGAACCCUAUCCUGUAUGCCACGCUGAACAGAGACUUCCGCACGGCAUACCAGCAGCUGUUCCGCUGCAGGCCUGCGGGCCACGGGGUCCCGGAGACCAGCCGGAGGUUUGGCAGCUCUCAGCUGGCCAGGAGUCAAAGCCAAGAAGUCGUGCGGCAGGAAGAGAAGCCCCUGAGGCUCCAGGUGUGGAGUGGGACAGAGAUCACAGCCCCGCGGGGAGCCACAGACAGGAAGCCCGCGCUCUCCAGUACGCUGUGCUCCGGCAACCUUCUAAGCUGCUGCAAGAGUCUGUGGGGGCGUAGGUUCCUCCAGAGACACAUGAGAGGCCCCUCAGAGGAGCAGCCAGGAGAGACGCUGUCCAAAGAGCCACUGAGGACACCACCCCAGGAAGCGGGGAGGACUCUGCCCUCCGAGGCUGUGUAGACCCAGCCCAGGACACACAAGAUACUGCUUCUGGUCACCAAGAUUGGACUCCUGGAGCCAUUAAGGACCCAGAAACCCCCAGAGCCACCAAGGAGGCACCCUAGCCUGAGUCUAGGGACUCCUGGAGCACACAGCAGGGUGCUGGUGUCCUCAGGUCUAUGCAGAGCAGCUCGGCCGGUGCUCAGCAUUCCCAGCAGAUGUUCAGAACUCUCCUGGGCAUGGGUCCGCUGAAUCCCAUGGGUUCAAAGCUCACGUUGGGGCUGGCCCCAAGUCUCGAGCCAAGAUGGCUGGUAUGGGGGGGAUGUGUGCACAGGUGUGUGCGUGGAUUUGGCCAUGCAGGAACACGCAGGCCCUCUGAGCGCAGCAGGGGUGUCACCAUAAAGAGUUAGCCUGUCACUCCCUCACAGGUUCUAUGGGAUGAAGGAAAGGCAAGGGAAAGGAAGAGAAGGGAAGAAAAGAAAGGAAAUUUGCCUUCACUGAGCACCUGCCGUGUGCUAAGCACUUCAACUGCAGGAGCUCACGUAAUCCUUUGAACCUGUGGCAAGAAUCACCAACCUACUUUACAGAGGUAGAAACUGAGUGUCCAGGAAGACUGGGGUCCACCCCAGGUUGAGUUCAGCUAACACGCAUGCCUGGCUCCUCGGAGGCCCUCAAAAGAUAGUUGUUGAAGGAACAAAGGAAUGGGAGCGUGGGCAAAAAGCCAGGCCUCAAGCCCGCAUCCUUGACCUGACAUUGCACUGCUGCUGAGGAGAGAGCAAGGUGUUGGCUUGACUCAGCCCACCCUUCUCUUAGCGGGGCUCCGACCUGGGGCCUGAGGGGUCCCUUCAUGCUGCAGCACUGGCCCUCUCUGGUGCUUUCCAUCAACAAGAAGGGGUGUGGAGCAGAGCCAACAGCAGGGGCAGGUUUGGGGGGGGGCAGGUAGUGAGUCAGAGGGAGAGCUUGCAUUGGGGGGUGGGGAGUUGACCACCCAGUGUCCUCUGCUGGAUGUGUGACCUUGGGUGGAUCAGUAGUGAUCUCUCUGAGCAGCUCUUGACUCCCACCCAAGAGGGUAAGAUCCCCUUUGCUAUUCACAGGGUUGUUGAAGAGACCCAAGGCGAUGGGGGUGGUGCCACCCAGAGGAACGGGGUGUGCUUGGACUCUCCCCGAUAACCACGGCCCCUCCCCGAGCCCACUCCUCCCUUGGUUCCACGAACCCCCGGUGGUGUCCCCCUUUGUGCGCACCCAGGCCUUCUGGGCCAGCUGGCGGCUGUCCUCUCUCCCGCUGUCCGGUGUGCCUGUCCCACGAGCCUUCUCUUCUCACUCUUCUCAUUCACUUCUGUCCCACUGUGGCCUCGUGUGUACCCUCGUAACCGAAGUCACCAGGAGAUUUACCUGUGACGAAAUAACUCACAGGUUUGUGCCCGGAGCCCAGGCUUCCCCUGGGAACUUUCCACGCCCAGCCGCAUGCCCGACCCCUCUGCCUGGUGUUUCGAAGGCGCCUCUCUUCCAGCCUGUCCGCAACCACACUCUGACCUUCUCCCUACACUUGUUCCUCUGCCAGCUUCCCUGUCUCACACAGAAGGCUGCCGCCGGCUUUGCAGCCUGAGGGUCAGCUCCUCAUGGUCCAUUUUCUCGCGUCCCAGCUGCACAGGUCCCAACUGGCUGCUUGAUUCUCUCUUCCUGCCCUGUCCACACUCAGCCCCACUGCCAUCCCUUGGUCAGGACAACUGAGAUAGCUUCCUGACAGCUCUCCGCGUUCCCCACUGGCCUCUGCCCAGCCCACCCCCCACCCCCACCCAACAGCCACAGCAGGCUAAGCAAAAUGCUGCUGUGGUCACAUGUGGCAUGCAGGUGACCACCUUUCUCCUGGGCCACCAGCUCUGCGUGCUCAGGCCUCACGUGGCCCUCCGGCCUCCUCCAGCCACACUGCCCUCUGUCUCUCUGCCCUGAUCCUCCUGGCUUCUCCUUUCUGUUUGUUUAUCCUCCUGCUCCUACCCAAUGUAGGGCCAUGCACAGAGCUGUUUCCAUGACGUGGAAUGCUUUUCCCACCCAUCUGGCCAUGAGAGCUUAACUGAAAUACCACUUCUUAAGGAAGUCUUCCUUGACCCACCCCAUUAGGUCAGGCCUCCCCCGCCCCGACACACACACACACCACAACGGGCCUCAGAAGCCACUGUGUGUUUGUGAUUUACAGUCAUCUGUGUGGUUCCCUCCCCUUUGUCUGUCUCCCCUACUCAGGAGGCCAUGGGCCUUACCUAUUUCUGCUGACCUUUGUAUAUCCAGCCCCUAGAAGGGUGUUUGGCACAUAGCAAGGGCUUUAAGCAAGGGCUUUGGCAGUUUAUCUGCCAAAACACCUGAAGGCAUGAUUUGCCCCAUGACCCUCAGAGGUGCUCAAUCUCUUGGCUGGGUUCCUUCUAGAAGCCCCAGAAUCCCUUCCCUGAGGCAGGUGGGUCUCUAAGUCACAGCCAAGGAAUUGGAGGCUUAAGAUGUGGUCUGGCUAGUGGCAGCCUCAUCUGGUUGGGGCUCCGGCCCAGCGUGUGCCCACGAACCUUGCCCCCGGCAUGGCAGGGGCCUCCUUUACGUCUGGGCUGAGCUUCCCCCACCCUUCUGGAGGUUCUGUGGAGCCUCUGCUGGCUGCAGAAGUGGGGUACAUGCUGUCUAGAGGAGGGCAGCUUCUGCUGUGGGCCCCCAAACCCAUGUUCUGCGUUACCAUCAUGUUCCAAUAAAGCGAUCAAAACAGA